UUCCGACUCCGAAUAGCUAACAGACAAAUUACAUAUUUCUAGCCAUCCCAGAUGAGCCGAAAAAAACAAAAAUUCUUCAUCGGUCACGUGACUCUACGUGGAAAAAAAAAAAAGGUAUUAGUUUCCAGUCUUCUUUGCAGCUAUAUUUUCCAAGAUGGCGGCCAUUUGAAACUUACAAGUGCAGGUUGCCUGACCGGGCAAGAUCCGGCUUUUGUUUGCAGUUCCUCCACAGAGGGACAGAAUAUUCAACAGAAUCUGUUGCAAGUCGAAAAGCUUUCACUGUGCAAUGUGGUAAUUUGGAUUUCUUCCUGCAUAACAUCCCCUAGAACAUUUAGUUUGCAAAAUGAGCUCUCAUUCAGCUGACAAGCUGAAGCGGCCUCAAAUGGCUUUUGAACUAUUCGAGUUGGUUGGAUUGUUGCGAGUUCGUCCACGAAUAUCUCAGCAACACUCUAAAGAUGACAUCAAAAGAUUACCAUCCAUUCAACAGGCUGCUUGGCAUGAGGACGAAAAGCACAGUUUGAUGGUGUUGCUGUGUAGUAAUGGAUCAUUGUUGCUGCGUGGUGAAGAAAAAGGCACAGCCCCUGUGAUCAAACAAGUUUCUUGGUUUCAGAAUCCUGCCAAGUCUGUGAGAAUGAUAGCCAUGGACCCAUCAGGCUCAUGGCUGAUUUGUGCAUGUAUGGAUUGUUCACUGUAUAUUGUACCAGUUGCUGAAGUAGUAAGGAGGAAUUCCAAGAUUUCUUACCAGUAUUGGUCAACUGACGAUAUUACGCUGAUCCUAAAAAAUGACAGACGGGGGCUUCCAUGUGGUUUAGUUUGGUGGCAUACAGUGGAUGACUUACACAUUGGUGUCAUCGGCACUGAGCUUGGAGAAUUAUUGUUUGUGGAUCUGAAGCAGAAGAUGAUAGUAGCGUCUUGUGAUGUCAAGGAGAGCAUCAUGUCAAUAGAGUUGAUGCAAGACAAACAACAUGAGACAACUGCUCUACUGAUCAACACCAUGUCAGGUAAUACAGUUCAGAUGCAGCUUGAGUACAAGUCAAUGCGUAUGGCAGGUUUUGAGCAGAAGAAGAGUCCAUCCAUGGCAUCAGCUAUGGGAUAUGAAACACUCAGCAAAGUGGCCAUACCCAUUGAGAGCGUGUUUCUGGGAAUAGAAGAUCUGCAGGACAAAAUACAACCUAUGCCAAUUGCAUCCUCUAGUGGUGCUAAUCAGUUUUCUGUGCAGUAUGCCAGAAAUCAAGUGUUCAUUGGGGCUCGUAAUAAAAAGAAUGAUAUUCUGGAGGUUUAUGACAUUGAUGUAGAGAACUUGCCAAUGUUUGUCUAUCAACUGCCACCUGGGACAACAGAUGUUUUAUUGACUAACAGGGUGAUAUUUACUAUCACUCACCAGGAACAGUCAGAUGAGACGUUGUUGUGUAUUCAGGCCAGUCAGCUUGCAGAAACAUCAGUCUCAGUACCAAAAUCUCAUCAGAAGGCAGAAUCUAGCAUUAUCCAGACAUUUGUACUUCCUCCUGGAGAAAGACUCAUUGCCAUGUUUCAACACUCAGAAGCAGUGGACAGCAUCAUCAUUGAAGACACUCCUGAUCGUUCUCAAACUCCGACUGGUUCUGGGGUGUCACACACUGUCGAUGGCAUGAUCCUCGUCACCACCUCUGGUGUAUUCCAGUGCCAGCCUAGAACAUCACCCGAGAAACUGUUCCUAGAGCUUGCUGUCAGUAGCUCAGACACUUCAGCUGCAGAUGUGUUAGCCAUCACUUCUGGCCUUGAUGUGAAUAAAUUAUAUGAGAUGGCUGGUGAUGAAGCAUUGACUAAUGAACAAUAUGAACAUGCACUGGAACUCUAUCAUUUAUCCAAGUGCUCAUUUGAGAGACGUGUUGCUCAAUUUGCUAAACAUGGAAGGGUAGCCGAUAUUCUUGCCUAUCUUCGACAGGCAUUGAGUAAGUAUGGUGAUGUGCACACCGCUGAAAGGAAACAGUUGUCCAAUCUUACUCUGUUCUGCUUUAUACAACAGGUUUUGGAGAGUAGUGGUGAUCCUAUCCAGCAACAAACACUUUCUGAGGCAUUUAGCCAAUUCCUGAAUGAUAAUUUUGAUUACGACGAGGUGACUGCUUUGGAACAAUUGUCAGCAUAUGGUCUUAAAAGUUUGAUGUUUGAUGUAGCCAAGGCAAGAGGCUUAAUGCCUAAAACCUUGGAGAUGUUAGCACAGAAAGGACAGUUUCACCUCUCAUCUGAGCUUCAGGCCAAGUUAGCUUCAAGAGGAUUCACAGAUAUCAUCAGUAGAAGUGCCAAUGGUGCCUUUAUACAGUGUAUGGAUCCCCAAGAAGUUGUCAUCUUUUUGUUGUCAAAGCCAGAGACUAUCCUCAGUCAUAUGAAAUUCCUUCUAUCUCGCCUAACAUCACUGAAUGAAGAAAGUUUGGUGCACAUCGCUCGUGUUCUGGAUCCGUCUCGUCCUUCAUUCAGAUCUUUGGCAAGUAAAGUGAGACCUCCAAGACAGAGGACUGCUUCUGGUAGCUCGAUCAGUUCUCUGAUUUCCAUGGAAAGUGUGAUCAGCCUUGGACAUGAGGAUAACAUCAAACAGCCUACUCUGCAAGAUCUGAUUGAACUGUUUUUAUGCUCUCUUUUGGUGCUAAAUCAUCUCAGAAAUGACAAGCUAGAUGCCAUGGCAAGAGUUUCAGCAAUUAAAUGUGUUUGUGGAGGAAAUCAGGAUUCAGAAAACAGUUUUGGAAGAAAGAGGGAAAGUACAGUGGAGUUUCUGUGCAGGCCAGUGAGGCUGUCCUGUGGUCAACAGCACACAGCUGUUGUUAGUUCAUCAGGGGAUGUUUACACAUGGGGACGAUCUCAGAAAGGAAGGCUGGGUCAUGGGGAUAUUAUUGAGGAAGAGGGAAAAUCAGUUCCUUUUCGGGUAGAAAUUCUCCACAUGCACAGGAUUAAUGUGUUGUCAGUAGCUUGUGGAAUGGAACACACAUUGGCAUUGUGCUCUGAUGGGGUUUACUCCUGGGGGUCAUCUGAAUAUGGGCAGCUUGGCCAGGGUGACACCCAGCAACAGACCAGACCUGUCUAUAUCACAGAACUGUCAGACAAAAAGUGUAUAGCAGUCAUGUGUGGCCACUACCAUUCCUUGGCCCUGUCGGCAGAUCACAGGGUGUGGUCAUGGGGCUGGGGUGUACAUGGACAGUUAGGAGUGGGUAGUAUUGAAGAUGUACUGCUGCCGACACAUGUAACAUCACUGGAUGAGUAUGAAGUCACUAAAUUAGCAGCGGGAUACUCACACAGUGCAGUGCUAACAAGUCAGGGACACGUUUUCACUUUUGGAGGAGGCUUAUAUGGUCAGUUAGGAGUAGGAACGAAUAGCAAGCAGACUCUUCCCAUGUUUGUGAAAGCAUUGAAGAAUGAGAAAACUUACUUGAUUUGCUGUGGAUCCUUUGAAACUCUGGCUGUUACAGAAGAUCAGAAAAUUUUUAAGUGGGGAAGAAGUCCACAUUUUUUCAGAUAUUAUAUGCGACAAGAGUAUCGAUCAAAGCGUUCCACGCAGACAACUCUUCCAUCCAACACGGUGUCUCACCGGUUACUCCCUGUGCUGAUGGACUGUGCCUUUUCAUCAAGAAUUAAAGAUGUGUGCUGCGGUAAUUGGCAUUACAUGGCACUGAUGGAAUCAGGUCAAGUGUAUAGCUGGGGAUACAAUGAUCAUGGACAACUGGGGCUUGGCAGCAAAAUGGAGUCCCAAAUGACUCCAAGACUACUCCACAAACUCUCUAACAAGUGCAUCACAACAAUCAGUGUUGGUGCAGAGUUUUCUGUUGCUAUGGAUACUGCAGGUUAUGUGUGGGUGUGGGGCCGAGCUGACUCAGGACAGCUGGGUUUAGAUUUUGGUACUAUCGGUGUUGGCAAAAAAGAAGUUUCUAUGCCCUGUCAGUUGACCAGUCUUCCACCAUUAAAUAGAAAAGCUUCCAUCUCAAGUGAGCAUUCAUUGAGAUGUGAUCUGAGUACGGAUGUGGAUAUUGAGUGGGAUUUACCAGAUCUUUCAUCAGUUGGUAAUAAAUUAGUACCUUAUGGUAGAGAAGCUCUUUCCAUUGCCUUGCGUCAACUCAGAGAUCGUUACUCAACACAGCCAAUGCUCAGGCAUUGUUUGGAUAUCAGGGAUUAUCUUGCGGCAGCAGUCAUUUAUGAAACUGUGGGUGACUGGCCUCAGGUUCUUGGAUACAGUUUGAGAUUCCUGAAUGAUUGUUUCACCUCUGCAUCUUGUGAUGAAACUAUAGGCAAACUUCUUUCAUCAGCUCUGGAUGUUAUGCAUCACAUAGUCAGAAAAUUCACAGACACUCAAAACAGUGAUGAACAAUCAACGCAACAGACUGUGUGGUUUCUACAAGAGCUCUUGCAGUUCUGGCAUCACAAUAAUUUGCCCAGUAGCAGCUUGGAGUGUUUCUUCUCUGAAUACCUGGACAUUCUCGGCUAUGCUCUUAGUUUGCUUCUGAUCAGGGAUCGUUUCCUUUCCCCGACAAGCAUGCUAGAUCCUGAAGAAACAGUUGCAAAAGAAACAAGUCAAACAAUGCUGCCAUUUAGUGCUGAAUUUUUUAACAAAAUCAUAACUCAUGUGGUGCAUCAGUUACAGGAACAAGAUCUGGGAGAAGAAUAUACCUCAGACUUAAAAGCAAUUCUUAUGCAGUACAGCAGCACAGAAGAUGCAUCUGAUACUAAGGAUGAAAUGUUUGCACAACCUUUUGCACAAUUAGAUGCUGGUGUGCAGCUACAAGAAUUCCGCACAGCACAGAAACAUCUCUGGCAAGAAAUCCUGGACAAUAUUAAGAAGGAUUUGGACAGACACCCAUACAUUGCAUUGUCCAUGACUGCUGCUGCUACCAUUGCAUCAGCAGCAGUCUCUCAGCAGCGAGUUUGGAGGGGUGAGGGGGAGGUGAUGUUUGAGCCACAAGCUGAUGUUGUGUUGUUUACAUGCAACCAUCACUUUCCCAGAGUGUAUUUCCAAGAAUUCAUCCUGCCAGAAUUCCAGCAAAGGAUGUCUGAGUUAGUUCUUCCUUUGAAGCAUACUACAAAACUGUUGUUGAAGUGUUACAGCAGGGAGGAGGGUUGUCUACCAACUGCCUGUCCGAUCUGUGUGUACAACUCUAUCAGAAUGGAACAAGCCGAAAUGACUGUAGAACAAAAUGGAAAUAGUGAAAGCAUACAAGCCAAACCAUGGGAUAUUUGAUUUCUGUCGGCUGAGGAAAUUCUUGUGUUUUAAGAUUUGGAAGGAAGAAUCUGAUAAACAAGUUACAAUAAUGUAGAUGAGAAAAUCUGUGUUACAACAUUCUUUGCCCAGGCUUGGCAAAAUUCCCCUUGCUUUCUUUAAUGAGCUUCCGUCACUAAGCCAAAUAAAUGUACGGGUAACUUCUCAUGCCCAGCUACUGGAAUUACCAAAUUUUGAUAUGUGUAACACAUUGAAAAGUAGUCAUAUAUCCUUAUAUAUGCUUCAUAUGCAACAUAAGCUAAUAAGGCCCUUCAAGAUGCUAAAAAAA